AUGAGGACCAAGCGCUGCAACUUUUGGCUUCCUAACAAAAACAGAUUUUGUGCAAAUUGCCCUCUCAGUGGUUCCUUAUUCUGUGGAAAUCACAACUCAAGGUCCCAAUGCCAGUGGAUCCCAUGCCCCAUAGAUCCGUCCCACUCGGUGCUUGAGCAAAAUCUUAAAGGGCAUGUUAAGCGGUGUCCAUUGCUGAAACAGGCUCAAUCGUUGUCUCUCCAACCUUUCUAUCAAAAAGGUAUCAAUGCCGGUUCUGAUGGAGAGGAGGAGACAUCUGGGGUUGAUGAUUCAAGAUUGCCUACUAAGACAGUUUCUUCUGAAAUGAAGAGGAAUGCUCUUCAUGAAAUGAGUGUGCCUGAAUUUUGCAAGUUGAUUGAAAAGAUAGAAUUUCUACAUGAGUCGUUGUGUAAAGAUAUUCAGGACUCAGUUCAGAUGCCAGAGGUUUGCAGCCUCUGGAUUAAAAGAGGAGUUGAAGAUAGGAAAUUGCCAUUUCAAGAGAAACAUAUUAUGCAACAGGCAUCUAUUGUGGGAAAUUUGGAAAACUUUGGGUUACUGAAGAAUUCUCUUGGAAGGAAACCAUUUGAGUGUGUGGAACCUGUUGAGAAGAAGGAGGAUGUCCCUGCAGUGAUUGAGUUUGGGGCCGGUAGAGGGUAUUUGACACAAAUGCUUGCAGAUUGUUAUGGAAUCCAACAAGUCUUUCUAGUUGAGCGAAAGGCAUACAAGUUGAAGGCCGAUCGAUCACUGCGACAGAAUGAGAGCUUGAUGUUAGAGCGAUUGAGAAUUGACAUUGAAGAUCUAGAUUUGAAUGCCGUUGAGUCUUUGCAAGGAGUUCCAUUCCUGGCUAUUGGUAAACAUCUAUGUGGGGCUGCAACAGAUUUAACUUUGAGAUGCUGCUUUCCUGAAUAUAGGAAAGAUAGUAGUGAAAAGUACGCUGCUAAUAGUAAGUUUGGUGGUUUAGCUAUAGCAACAUGUUGUCACCACCUUUGCCAAUGGAAACACUAUACAAAUAAAAGGUUUUUUCUGGAUCUGGGGCUGACAAAGGAAGAAUUUCAUGCCAUUACAUGGUUUACCAGCUGGGCAGUAGAUGCUAAUCAUGAUUCCGAUCUUCCUGAUACUACCAAUUGUAUAUCACAUUUACAAUUCAUAAAGGAGCAAGGUGAUGGAUAUGCAAAUGGAGUUGAAAAUAUUCUCUCAGAAAUGCAAGCGGAUAGACGAGCAGCACUGGGAUUUAAGUGCAAGUGGAUUAUUGACAUGGGGAGGUUGAUGUGGUUAAGAAAACAUGGAUUAAAUGCAAAGCUUGUCAAAUUUGUUCCACCUAGCAUUUCUCCUGAAAAUCAUUUGCUAUUGGCUAGAUCUUCAAAUUAA